UUUAAUGUUUGAGGGGACAGAGAUAAAGGUCCUGCUUUGACGUUGGCUCCUUGGUUUCUUUCUUUACUCAGGUAUUGACUCCAGCACAAAUUAAAGCAAUAUGCCAGGCAAUUCUGGACUCCGGAAAGCAGUAUGCUCUGAAGAAGCGAAAACCAUUCCCCCUGAUGUAUUCUUACUAUGGAACGGAAUACCUGGGGGCAGCUCAUGGCCUGUCGUCCAUUCUCCAAAUGCUCCUUUCUUACCACGAGCAUCUCAAACCUUCAGAUCGGGAGCUGGUGUGGCAGAGUGUGGACUUCCUCAUGGAACAGGAACAGAAUUGCAACUGGCCACCAGAGCUCGGAGAGACCAUCGAGAGAGAGAAUGAACUCGUCCACUGGUGUCAUGGCGCUCCAGGAAUUGCUUAUCUGUUUGCCAAAGCUUAUCUCAUUUCCAAGAAGCCGCAGUAUCUGGACACAUGUAUCCGGUGUGGGGAGCUAACAUGGCAGAAAGGCCUGUUGAAGAAGGGGCCAGGGAUCUGCCAUGGUGUAGCUGGCAGUGCCUAUGUCUUUCUUCUUCUGUACCGUCUUACAGGAAACUCGAAGUACAUCUACCGUGCCCAAAGGUUUGCUCAGUUCUUAUUCACCGAAGAAUUCAAAGCCGGUUCACGGGUCCUUGAAAGCAUAUACAGCUUGUAUGAAGGCUUCUCUGGGACUGUUUGCUUUCUCAUUGAUCUGCUACAGCCCAAUCAGGCUGAAUUUCCUCUCUUCAGCGUCUUUGUUUAAAAUGUUCCAUCUCCCCCUUGCAGUCGUUGGAAGUCCCCUGAGAUUUCCUGAGCCUGCUCUAGGCCGUUUUCCACGUAAUCCCCAUCUAAUGGUCUCACGACUGUGAGCCUUCCCAUUGCUGCCAGAUGGAUGAGCUGAGUCUGAUGAGGACAGCGCGAUACCAGACUGCAGAGAGAGCCUGCCAAACCGAGAUGCUGCAACUCAUCUAAAACCCACCGAUCACCGUUUCAGGGGAGAGAUGCCCACCCAAGAUCAGAGAGAAAAAGGGGAAACACUUAAUGUUUUUCAGUUUGUGACACAAAAAGGCAAAAAGUGAACUGGAGAUGAUGGCGAUCAAAUGCCAACACUUUCAAAACUGAACAGCAAGUGGGAUCAUUCGUGUGUAUGCCCAAUAUCCCUAAAUUCAGAAUAAAGACAACCACAAUGUAAAAGAAUUUUGCCCUGUUAAGAACUCUUAGCAAGGAUCAAGUGUAAGGAUGAAGGAAGGACAUGAAAAGAAAUCAUUGGUUGUCCUAGGACUUGACUUACUGAAAUCUUAAUUCUUUUCUGAGUGAAGAUGUGUGCAUAUGUAUGCAAGGUUUUAUUUUAACUUAUUUUUUUGGCCACUAUUCUGAACAUUGUAAAAAACAUCAUAUCAUAACUUAUUUUGAACACGGAAGUUUGAAGCUGCCUUAGGCCUUAGGAUAUCUCUUUUCCUACUUCCUUUUUCUUUCCUAGAGCUCAGAAUAGCAAGAUUCCGGGCAGGAAAGAGUGUAGCUUAGUGACAGGGCUUAAGCUUACUAGCUUAGUGUGUAGCUUGUUUAACGUGCAUAAGGCCCCUGGUCCAUGCCUAGCACCACAAGCGAACAAAGAAACAAACCAACAACAAAAAAGAGAGGAAAUUUUAUAUCUAGCAAAUAAGUGUCACUGUCAUGUGUUUGUCUCAAUUGAAAGUGUGACCCGUAUAUUGUGUAUGCCAGUAAUUUUUCAAAUGCCUUUAUCUUUGUAAUGCUUAUGAAGCUAUUACACUGUAAAAUAUGCUUUCAGUGGAAAUCAAUCAUCUCAAACAUCAGGGUAACUUACCACAAAGGUAAGUCAUUUCUGUACUCCAUAGAACUCUGUGAAAGACACGGGGCGAGAAAACUUGAAAGUGGUUCUAGAAAGAAUGUUGCUCCAUUUCAUCCUGUUAGGUUAAGAGUGGACUGAACAACCUGCCUUGUCACCUCACCUUGUAAAACACCAAGCACACUAGACAUUGACUCUCAUGCCAGUUGAUUCUAGUUGUCACAUCUACUUUACUUCUGCUAUCAACAGAAGUUCUAAAAAUGUUUCAGGUCCAUCAUGGAUUGCUGAAUAAGAGCAACUGUCAAUAUGCAGAACAUGAGAUGUCCACAGUCCUCAUAGUUAACCACCGAAGUGUGGGCAUCAUAUUAAGAAGCCAGUUGCGUGAUACACAGUGUCGUCAUUUGUAGUCAUUAGCUAUUUGGAUGUUUCCAUACAUAAGUACCUCUGUGUAUAUGCUACGUCUAUCCCCAUAGAAACUGAAGCACUAUUCGAACUGUAGAUAAGCUGCUUGGAAACAUGUUGUAUGUGUGCUGGCUUGUGGAGCUGUAUGAACCAAUGGAUCUGUGUGGGUUUGGAUGCAUGCUGUAUGUGUGAUCCUAUUUUGGAAAAGAGGACCUCUUGUAUUCAUAAGAUUCUCAAAGAAUCUUACCAAAGAACAGAACAGUCUUUUUAUAUUUUAUGGCUCUUCGUAUGUUUACAAUCAUCAACACGAGCUGGGACAAAAUAAUUUUUGUAAAAUAUCUACCUUGUUGGCUUAUUGUCCCAUUUUCAUACCCUUGGAUUUCAACCUAGAAAAUUGUCUCCAAUUGCUUAUCUGUGAGAAGAGCGUUUAGGAUAAACUUAGACUCCAGCAGUUCUUUCUUGAGGAGGGCAAGCACCUUUUGGAAAGCCUUAAGGAAGAUGCUAUCCACAGAAUGGUCUCCUUUCUGAAAGGACAGUGACAUCUCCUUCACCACCUCAUUUUAAAUGCAUUUUGCAUGGGUCCUACAGGUUACAGACAUCAACCAACCGAAAUUACGGCAUCGGAUGCGUAGAUGUGUUGUAUCUGUUAUAUUUCUAGGAGCUCCGGGGACAACUGACUCUACUUUUUGAAGUUGUUAUUAUAGAGUGAUUAAAGCUUUGUGCUGAUCACUGUGAAAAGGUCACUCUUUAUAUAUUACACCAAAAAAUGGUCACGUUUGAGUGUGGUCUUUCUGUAAGCACCACCUCAGUAAAUUUGAAACAAGAAUCCACUCUUUUUGGCUGUUAAGCCUAUCAUUGAAACUUCAUUCUCCUGAAAGAAAAGCACUGUUGAUUUGGAAGGGUCCUCUUCUGUCGUAUUCUCCCAAGAGAGGGAGGAAGGACACAUAUUUUCAGUAGGAAAGUACAUCAUGUCAUCUGGCAACAUUCUUAAUAUUAAAGCUUGCUCCCUAUUGAAGGCCACUGUGGCAUUUUAAAAAGAUCCAUUUAUAUUUAGUAUUUCUAGUCACAUGUGUGUGUAGAUACGUGCAUGAGAGUGCUGGUGCCUGUUGAUGCCAGAGCUGUAAUGUCUUCUUGAAGCUGUAGUUAUAGGCAGCUCUGGGCCACUUGAUGUGAAUUCUGGGAAUGGAAAUCCAACUUGGGUUUCCAGCAAGAUGGAGACCCGUGCUCUUAACUGCCAAGUCAUCCCUUCAGCUCUUACAACCUCAUUUCCAUCACUAUCCAAGCUUUAAUACUAUUAACUCAGAAGGACAAAAACAACUGUGAAUGCUGAGUGGGGAUGUUGGAGGGUAAAAGCAUCUGAACAAUAAGGCAGGAGACUUCAUCAUACUUCAAUAGCAAUACAUUUUGUAUAACAUCGCGGUUUCACGGCAUGAACACAGUCACAUACCUUGGCCUCUACACAUUAUCUAUAUUUAUUUUACCUAAUCUCAUGUCCAUUGUACUUCUUUUCAACUUGUAACCUGAUAUUUGAAGAGAAUAGAAAUUUUACAGCGUGAAUUUCCCGCUGCUUUUUUUUUUCCUUCCAGGCAAUUGACUAUGUUAAGAUAACAGUCUUCAUGUAUGACAAUUCAUUACAUAGAACAAUUUACUUGGUGUGUAGUGAAUCCCAUCUCUUCCCCUCACGACUUAUUUUUUAGCAUUCUUUGGGAUUUUAAUCAAAGUGUUAUGUAAAUUGUUUUGGUUUCCAUAGAGAGUACAUCUCAGUAAUUUCGGUGUAAGGAAUAAGAGUUGGGGAUGUGUAACUAGGCUAAGGAAGUAUGUACAGGCUAAGCUCUAACUCAGUAGUGGGAGACUUAACUAGCAUGCUUGCAGCCCUAGGCCCUAGGCCCAGGAACAAACGAAGAGAAGAGAAGAGGAAAGAAAAAGAAAGUACACAAUUAGAAGGAAGCAGCAAUGCCCAGAAACCCAUGUUAGACAUUCCAAAGCCUUGUUCUGCAGCUUUCUUGGGGGCACUGUAGGUGCCUUGUAUACAUCACAGGGUUACCAUAGAGUUAGUUGUACUAUCUGGGCUCUUUGUUAUUUAAAAGGCUUCUAUAUUUUAAGUUCCUACUAUGUGCACAGAAAAUUAUGCUCAUUUAAUAUAAAAAGCAACCACAUGUCAUAUGUCGAUGGCGUGCUUAAGGUCCAGCUCACUAGAUGGGUCAAAUCCAAGUGUGUAUACAUUUUCUAUUCUACAACCAAUUCUGACUGUGGUGUUUGUGCCUCAGAAGUUUCUGAAUUUACCCAAGAAGGAUGGCUGCUGUGGCCUAGAAGCUCUUUUUAAAACAAAUGGCCUCAAGCUCAGUAGCUGGAAGACUUGGGACUAUUCUGUUGUCAGAUCGCAAGUUCAGGGCAAGCCGCCACAACAGUGCCUGUACAAUGAGAGUAAGGUAGUGGCUGCAUGUAUCUCGCUUCCACUCCAUAAAAGGGGUUGUUCAUAUUGUUUUCAGUGGCAUAAAAGACAAAAAGUGAAGUAGCUCCUAUAUGGACUUUGCCUGUGGUCAUAAGUCCUUGAUUGGAAGGGCAAUCUUCCUCUUUACUUUGCGAAUUGAAAAUAUUAAUGAAUUGGGACUUUAGGGUCUUUCAUACAGACAUAGAUCAAAAGAUACACUCCCUCUCAUCAUGCUUUCAGAAAUGACUAAUAUUAAAAAAGAAUGAAGACGGGGGAGAAAUAUCCCGGUGUGUUUAUGUGUAAACAGAAUUCAUACAUAUAGAAAAAUGUAAUUCUGCUGAAAUUUUCUUGGUAUUUUUUGUGUGUUCUAUGUUACUCAAUGCAUAAUCUUGUAUUGUGUGUGAAGUAGUUGUGACUUAGCAGUCAGUUAAAAGAAGACACAGAUUCUAUAGCUGUACUGUCUUUGCCAAUAUCCUUAUCACAACAUAUUUUAAUGGGAUGUCUGAUGCCAUCCCCUGAUGUUUCAAUAUCUGUGUGUAAGUGGCAAUUAUCAGUAAAAUACAUUAUGCCACUGAAUUUGGUUCGAGUUGAAUGUAAUAAUACUUACAUAUGGAUAUAUUCAAAUAAGCAGACUGAUUCAAAUUAUCUGUCUUGUCUUUGUCUAUUUUAGGACUUUAGUAUUUUAAUAGAGGUGUCUUCUGAAAGACUGUAGCAGCGGUAGACUCCUUUCGCUCUUGAAAAUUCAGUAUUAUUUGUAAGAUAGAGACGUUUCAUAAGUAAAAGUGGAGUACUCUUAGUGAAAUAGUGUGCUCUCAGAAUCUGGGAAAGGACAAUCUAGACUCUAAUAACAUAAGAGCUUCUCCAACUAGAAACUUCUUGGGGAGCUCUUGGAAGAUGGGUCUGAAUUUUAACCUCUUGGAUGCAGUGGAACUGAACAGGUUUUUGAAAAAGGAUUUUGUAGACUUCAGUGACAGAUGUUGAAAAGCCAUAUAUAAGUGGGGAAUGGUCAAGCAUUAUAUACUAGAGUGGAUAGAAUGUACUUCACCGAAAGGGUUUUCAUUUCUGCACACUUCACAUUAUUUAUAAAAAUAUGAUUGUAUCAUUACUGGGUUAAAAAGCUCAUCUUCCUAAUGGUACAUUUCAUAAGCAGCAAACCAGUGCAAUUCCAUAAUCUUUUGGGGGCAGUACCAAAUAGUAAAUUGGCAUUAUAGCAUAACAGCUUACUCUUAAUUGUACCUAAGAGUAACCAAGCACCAUAGUUUAAUGAAUUUUGAAGACUGCUCAGUAAGUGAGUAUUGUUAAUAAAGUUGUGCUCUUUGCUGUAUUUCUCUGCAUAAUUACAAGUAAAACACAAAUUAUAAAAAAAUAAACCAAAUAAUAGGAGUUAGGUAUUAGUACUUUUGAAAUCCUUUUAAUUUUUACUAACAUCAAAUUCAAUUUGUUAUCUGUUGUAGCUAACAAGAAUUUUGAGAUACACACCAGUUGAGGGGCAUUGUAAAAACGCCCCUUUUUGCCAAAAUCAAGUUCUUUAAGGUCUUGCUAAUUAUUCUGUUUCCUUAGGGGUACUUUGCAGUAUUUAAAAAAAAUUAUCAGUAGCAGUUACUUCUAAACUCAGUGCAGAAUAUUUUGCUAAGCAUUUUACUAUAUUACAACAUGUCCUACUAUGGUAUUUUAUAAUAAAACCAAAUUCGCAAGUAUUCUCGCAUAUUACAUACGAUUAUACCCAAACACCACUUUCUAUCAGUCUAUUACUAUAUAGGAAUAUUUUUGAAAAAAUACUACGUGUUUUGGUCCUAAUGAGGAAGCAUACUGCAAUAUAUGACAUUGAUUUUUUUUAAUGAAAUCCACUAAGUGUUGGGCAGGAAACUAAGCCAUGAUUGUAUAUGUUCUUUUCAAGGAAACAGUGGCAAAUGACAAUUCGGAAAGACGCAGUCUUUGUGAUAAGUUAGUGUGCAGACCAUGACCAGGAAGGAUCAAUUUAGAAAUGCUCAUCGGAAUUUAGCUUCUGUUGUUCCACAGGCAGGAAGGACAGCUGUUUUGGCUUCAUAGAGGGGGUUGUUAACAGUCUACUGCAUGGUGUAAGGAAAUCUCUUCAGAAGCAAAACAGACUCAGAAACUUCGUGAUGCACCUUAUUAUUUUUUUUUUUUACCUGCUGUUACAAUAUCCCUGAACCCUGUGAUCUUUCCAGCGUGUUUUCUGUAGUAGUUUUAUACUGUAGAAAAUAAUCUGCCAUGAACUGGACUUUAUUGUGUUGCAAGUGAUGUCUGUGGCUUACUGCCCUCCUGCUCCACAUGGUCCACUUAAUUAUGUAAAAACCUGUGAUAAUCCUUUGCCUUAAAGUCAGAUGCUAAGUAAUUUCUGUGUUCUAAUUCACAAAUUUAGCUUCACUUUAAUUUUCCUUAAAGCUAACUCUGUCAACAAAUAUUACACAAA